AAAAUCCAAAUUUUUUACUUUACGAUUGUAAAAUUGCAAAAAUAAAAAGAUCUUGUGAUAGAAAAACAAAAAACGCACUGUAACAAAAUACUCGUUUUCAUUUGAAAUCCAGACUGCCUUGGAUUUUUAUUUUAUAUAUUUUUUUUUUACAAAUUUGUGACACAUGCAACAAAAAUAAUAAAUUUGAGAGAUAAGUUUUAUAAAAAAAAUUUUCAUUCAAGAAGUUUCAUUAUUUUACAAGAUUUAAAACAAAAAUUUCUCUUUAAACAAACAAAAAAAAAGACAAGAUACGAACAAAUUUUUGGAAUUGCAAAAUAUUAAAAAGCCGUUUACCAAAAAGAUCAAGCAGACAAAAAGACAACAACAAAUAUAAUAAAGAAUUAAAAGCACAAGAUAAACACGUGAACUAAAACGGAAAAUACAAAUAAAAAACAGGUCCCACUGAGGAAAAAAAAGAACAGUAAAAGAAUUUAAAAUAAAAAUCAAAGAAAAACGAGGUCAUUAGCAUAAUUUGUAGAAACAAAAAAAAAUAUAUAUAAAAAAAUUAUUGUGCUGGAUUGUUUGUGUGGUAGCAGUAAAUAAAAAUAAUAAUAAUAAAAAAAGUAAAAUUAUUUUACACAAUAUCAUCCUAACAUAUUCUCUUGUCUUAAGAGAACUUGGCUGUUGACUAACGUCAAAAAAGAAGCAAAAACAAAAAAAUACACAUUUUGUUGUUCUUCGUUCAUAUUUUUUUUGUAUUAUACUCAUUAUAAUUUAUUCGUUUUAAAUAUUUGUGUCAUGAUGUUUCAAAGCGACUUUCAUAGAAAGAAGAAUUUUGCAAAUCCAAAUUUGUUUAAAAACUCUACCACACAAAAGGAGAAUGCUCCAGCCGCUGCUCAACCUACACCAGCAGCCGGACGUCCUGAAGCCAAAGAGGAAUCCAAUACCAAACCUGAUCAAGAGGAGGUACGUCCUGAACAUUUGUUCAAACAUCCCCUACAGAACACCUGGACUUUGUGGUAUUUAGAAAAUGAUCGUACUAAAUCCUGGGAAGAUAUGCAAAAUGAAAUAACCAGCUUUGAUACCGUUGAAGAUUUCUGGAGCCUAUACAACCACAUUAAGCCUCCAUCUGAUAUUAAAACUGGUAGCGAUUACUCUCUCUUUAAGAAAGGCAUCCGGCCAAUGUGGGAAGAUGCUGCCAAUAAACAAGGUGGUCGUUGGGUUAUAACAUUAAACCGUUGUCCAAAACCUGAAUUGGAUAAUCUAUGGUUAGAUGUGCUUUUAUGUUUAAUUGGUGAAGCUUUCGAUCAUUCAGAUCAAAUUUGCGGUGCCGUAGUCAAUAUACGUAAUAAAAAUAAUAAAAUUUCUAUUUGGACUGCUAAUGGCAACAAUGAAGAAGCCGCUUUAGAAAUUGGCCAUAAAUUGAGAGAAGCUUUGCGUUUGGGUCGUCAAAAUUUGCAAUAUCAGCUGCACAAGGAUACAAUGGUUAAAACGGGCUCUAAUGUUAAAUCCGUUUAUACAUUGUAAAUGAAUUAUGUUUUUGUUUGAAAACACACAUGUUUGAGAAUGGUUGAAUAAUGAAAGAAAACGGAAAUAACAACUACAACAACUGUUAGUAUACAUUGUCAUAAAACACAUGCACACAAAACAGCAACAACAACAACAACAACAGAAAACUACCCCCAUACUCACAAUUUUAUACUUCUUACUACUAACAUUAAACCUAUAACUUCCUUUUCGAUAAUUAUAAUUACUUUUUGCAAUUAUCUUGUGCAUGUGCUCAACAACUGUCUAAUAUUUUCGAGCCUUAGUUUAGGCACCAACUGAAACUAGGAAAAUAUGAAAAAAACAUUCAACGACAAACACAAACUAUAGCAAAACAAAACAUCUUUUACUUUAAAACUAACAAGCUGAAAGAAAUUUAUUGUAUUUCUAUUAAACAUCCUACCAAAACUACACAAAGA